ACCGCGCCCUCUGCAGGACGGGAGCGGCGAGGCUGGCGACGUACCGGGAGAGCGUCACUUCCGGGCGGGCUGGCGGAAAAGGCUGGCGGAAGAGGAAGAAGCUCCGUUCCUGUUGCCAUGGUGUUCUACUUCACCUCCAACGUUGUUUCUGCUCCUUAUACAAUUUAUAUGGGAAAGGAUAAAUAUGAAAAUGAAGACCUUAUAAAAUAUGGCUGGGUAGAAGAUAUUUGGUUUCAUGUGGACAAGCUCUCCUCUGCGCAUGUCUACCUCCGGCUGCACAAGGGCCAGACGAUAGAUGACAUCCCAAAGGAGGUGUUGAUCGAUUGUGCGCAGCUUGUGAAGGCCAACAGCAUUCAAGGCUGCAAGAUGAACAACGUCAACGUAGUGUACACCCCAUGGAGCAACCUGAAGAAGACGGGGGACAUGGACGUGGGGCAGAUCGGGUUUUAUCGGCAGAAGGACGUGAAGACAGUGACGGUGGAGAAGAAGGUGAACGAGAUCCUGAACCGCCUGGAGAAGACUAAGGAGGAGCGCUUCCCGGACCUGGCGGCCGAGAAGGAAUCCCGCGACCGGGAGGAGAGGAACGAGAAGAAGGCCCAGAUCCAGGAGAUGAAGAAGAAGGAGAAGGAGGAGGUGAAGAAGAAGAAGGAGAUGGAGGAGCUCAGGAGCUACUCUUCCUUAAUGAAGGCGGAGAACAUGUCCUCCAACCAGGAUGGCAACGACUCAGAUGACUUCAUGUAGCUGGGAAGACCCACUUUUUUGGAAAACGAAGGUGGACCUUUUGCCCUGAACGCCCUCCAUAAGCAAAGCAACUUGGGGUUAUCUGUACCUGAUUGGUUGUGGGCAGCCUGUUCCUGGGAGGACAGAGAGGAGACGCGUGCAGACGUUGGGGUGGGCGCUGCUUUCCGAAGGCCUCCCACAUCCCAAAAGCACCUGGCCCAGCCGAGCCCCCUCCUGUGCUUUGCUCUCCAAGGGGUCCCUGUCCAAAGGAGGCUCCAGCCUUUUGGUGUAUGAGGUUUGGGGGGGACGGGUUUCCCCACAUGUCUGAGGCUAGUUUGGGCUUAGCUCUGCAGGGAAAGUGUGGGGUUUUCCUCGUCUUGAAAGCCCGCUUGGAGAUGAGCUGAGCGCCGCUGUCUUCCCAUGCUGUACAAAGCGCUUGUGUGGAGAAGCCCUCCAUUGUGUCACCAGCAGCUGAUUCCCUUUCACGAUUUCAGUAAAGACGCGUCUGCUUCCA